AUGAGUUGAACCAUAGGUUGAACACAGAGGUGCGCGCUCAGAUUCACUCUGAGCUACUCCUGCGUUCUGAUUGGCUCACUCAGACUCUGGUCUCCGUGAGUGGCUGCAGCGCGCGCAGCUGUAAAAGGAGGCGAGUAGCGCUGAACGCCUCCCUCAACAGCACAUCUGCCUCUGACUGCUACAGCGAGCAGAGUGUGGAGAGAAGUCAGACCUUCUACUGGUGACACUGAAGUCCAUCACCCGUCCGGACUCUGCGGGAUGCUUUACUCUCUUUAAUGAGAGUAGUUAUUUCAUUUGGAGGCAGACUGACACAUUUGAUCGUUUGAGUUGAACUGAUGAGAGGAGCAAACAUGCUCUGCCUACGUGACUCAGGCGAAUGCUUACGGGAGCAGAUGCAGUUCAUGAUGAGAUCACUUCAGGAUCUAAAACAACUGCGGAGAACCUGCCCUGCAGCCAGACGCCCCCUCGCUCCCAUCAGCAACCAGCUCCCAGCUUUGGUGCGGCACUCUGCACUGACACGUGCAUGUCAGCAGCGAGCAUUGCAGAGAGAACAGCGCACACGUCUGCGUAUGUCCGACGCCAGCACGGCCAGUACCUACGACUCUGCAUGCUGCCUGUCGAGUCCUUUGGAAGAGGAGGAGGAGGAAGAUGAGGAUGAGGAGUCAAGCAGCCAACUGGGUCUAAGUCUCAGAUUGGGUUUAGGCUCUCCAAGUAGCAGGAAAAGUUUGGACUUGGAUUCUGGCUACUCUGAGGCGUCAUGGCAGGAUGACGGGGUGGUUUUGAGGAGAACAAGGAAUGUGCGGGUGUCAUCUUCAGCUUGUCUCCGCACCAACAGAGCACCUAGCGGACGUGUUCGACCUAAAUCCACCUCUGACGCCUGUCUGGAGACAUGGACUUCCUUCGAGGUGACUGACCCAGAGGACUGGACAAACUCUUUACUAACCAGGGGGCGGAACCGUCAACCUCUGGUUCUGGGCGAUAACAGCUUUGCAGACCUCAUUCAGAAUUGGAUGGACUUGCCAGAUUGUCCCGAACCAGCUGAACUGAAGCAAAAUCCGAGACACAGAAUGGGUAGAGGUUUCUUUGUGAACAUGAGGAGAAGACUGGUUGGACUCUCUAAGACUGUAGAAGACAGAGUGAGGAUGAGAUCCACGGACUCUGCUCGUGUUAACAGAGCUGCAAACGCUUCCAAACGUCUGUCCUGUCCAGUUGUUGCCGCUCAGCCCAAAGUGCCUUUUUUUCACAUGUCCCACUCAGGCAUUAACGAACUGGACUCAGACUUUUACCACUUUGCUGCUUUGAUGAAGUCAGGCAGCCGGCAGCCAAUCAUCUGCAAAGAUGUCAUCGGCUACGUCUGACUGUUUUCUUAGAAUGCCAUGUACAAAUCAAACAAUCAUCAGAGUCACUUUAUUUUUAUAUGACUGUUUUCUACUUUUUAUAUGCUGUGUCCAAGCUAAUGAAAAUAAAGAAGCUCUCAUUAUUUAAA